AGAAGAGGGACUGCAGACAGACCAGAGGAGUGUGAGCAUAAAUGUUCAAAGAAAUGAAGUUUGUUUGGGUGUGAACGCACCAUUACCCACUGGGAGCAGAUUGUUUCUGACGGAGUGAUCUAAUUUGCAUCUACCUCAGCAGAAACUGUGAAAAAGACCGCACGCUUCAUCAGACUCCAGCUUGCAGGACAGAGUCAACUUCGUCCCACCAACAUGAGUGAUGACAGGGAGAGACGGGGAAGCAAAGGCAGCCGGGAGCAGGCCUCCAAUGUCAAACCCAAACCAAACUACAAAGAGGAAAACAGCAAGCAGGACCAUGGGAAGAAAGAAAAGCCCGCCAAAGUGAGGAGAUCCAGGAGCAUCGACUUGGAGAGGGCUGAGAAAGACAGAGGGAGGAGGAGAGAACGAGAGAGGCACCAUGGACAGAGGAGGGAGCGUGGAAGGAGUGAGGAGGCCCGUAGACGGGACAGGAAGGAGGGUGAGAGUGAGCUGAACAAGUCCAAGCCCCCUGAAAAUGACAUUGAGGAUACGGAGUGUGCUGUGUGUUUCUGCUCCUACGAUAACAUCUUUAAGACCCCAAAGCUGCUCUCGUGUGGGCACACCUUCUGUCUGGAGUGCCUCGCACGCAUCAACGUAUCUUCUCUGGAGCUCAAGACGCUGUCCUGCCCCGUGUGCCGCAUGGUGACAGAGCUGCCCCACGGCCGGGACCUGCCCCAGCUAGGCAACAACCAGGACAUCUUCCGCAAACUCCCUCCAGAGAUGCAGAGGGCGCUGUCCAUCCGCUUCAAACGCAGCAAGGGCAAACUGGUCCUGAAGAACCCGCCUCCCACCAGCCCGACCAAGUCAAACACCCUCACCCUGCCCACGAAACCGCAGGGCGGCCAGUUUGUAGAGGGUGGCGAUCUUCACCUGGGCACUAUGGAGGAGGGAAUAGCCCCAGCCACCAUGGUGGAUGUGGGCAGGCCUCCUAACAGGGUCAGAGGUCGCCUGCGCAGGCUGUUUCGUUCGGACCAGUGCUAUUACGCUGUGGUGGCGACCAUUAUCACCAUCACUGUUGCACUAAUGCUGGUGGGGAUUCUGGCCUUUGUGAUCAUGCCAAAUGUGAUGGUUCACAAGAGGCCUCCCCAUCAGACUAACCACACGCUACCAGAUUAGCCAGGAAGUGGCAUCGUCUUCUGUCCAAAUAUAUAAGACCAUCCAGGAAAAAGAGGAAUGGGGUGUGGAGAUGAGACGAAAGAAGCGGGAGACAAUAUCACUUACACCACAGUGGUUAUCAUUGUCAGUGACACUUAAUGCAUCCUGUCUCAUUUCGCUCUUUUACUGGGGAAAGUGAUGGUGAAGGAACAGCUAAUAGCACUGGGACACAUUCAACCUGGUUCAAAGGCAAUGAAGUGAAGAAUUGAAGGAAAAGGGAGUCAACAUCUUUAAAAAAAAAACAAACCAAAAAAAAAAAACAAAGGACAGAGACUCAAAAUUGCACAAGGGGGAAAUAGUGAAAGACUAUA